AUGGAACACAGCAGCGGCGACGACGACGAUGGCAUCAGCACGGAGUUUCUGCAAGACUUGCAGUUCUUGAUUGCCACCGAUGCCCAACUGAACGACGAUCUGUCGUUUGUCUGUGAGCUUCUGAUCGAGAACGAAUCAGCCUCAGACCACGCAGACGAUACGUUGUCACGCGCCAGCGACGACACUGUCCAUCAUUCGAUGGGAGCGUUGUGUACUACAAGGAAGGGUCCACAAGCAUCACGACGUGCGUCCACGAAACCUGUCACGGCCAAGGCGUCCGUGGCCAUUGAAUACCCCAGCACAGGGGCAAAGAAUCGGUUUCAGUAUCGACAAAAACAUGAAAUCCAGCUCCUUCGAGCUCAGGUUGAUGCGUUGAAGCAGACCCUGGCCGAUACUGCCAAAACUAGUGCUGACACCAAGGUGCUGCGGGUGCCUUCCUUGUGGGAGCAUGCCGCCAAGAAGGAACGAGUGGACUGCAAACGAGUGCUGGAGGAAAACGCGAAGCUCAAGGGCGCUUUGGACGAACAGACAACCUUCAUCGAUAACAUGCAACGCUUAUUCAACAAGAAACCCCGGAGAGCCGUCGGCGCGGUGGAAGUGGAGGCGUGGCAGUCGUACAAGCUGGCCGCGCACCGCUCGCUCCGCGUUGCGGCGAUCCACGCCAUUGCCGACCGCCAGCUCCGCCGCAUGCAAAGCGCAUUGAUCCAAGCUGGCGUGUUCCACGCGCCCAACGACAUCUUCUUCGCGACCCCACGACCACUAGGACACACCCGCCUCGUGUUGGACUUUGUCAAUCAUGUGCGCAUUCCAGCCCCGUAUCGAACCGUCUCGGCGUCGUGUUGGCAGGUGUUGGCCGAAGCGCGGGACCUGUCGCUUCCCCCAGAUGCCAUCGAGGAGUGUGAGGUUGUGGACGAGUUCACAGUGUACCAGCAGUUCACCCAAGUGGCGGCUGGUGGCACAGCGUCACAUUCGAACUUUAUUCGAAAGUACUACCCGCACGAAACACAAGACGUGAUUGCGUGGCGAACGGUCUUGGAAGAUGCGCUGGCUCCGCACAUGGUGCGCGGCGCCGUGGACAAUGAAUGGGGAUGGCUGGUGCUGACCCCCGUCGCAGACGACGCCACGUCCUGUUGGGUGACGUUCUUACACCAAGUUUUGGUGGAAACAAACCCUGAAUACUCUUCUCCGGGUCUCACUGCCCUGGACGCGACAAGCCACGCAUUGAAACAGUUUCGAUUCUGCGAACGACCGCCUACGCCCGGACGAUUCUCGGGUUCCCCGGCGGACAAGAUGGACAUACCAGACAAGAUCAUGCACGUGUUCAUGAGCAAAGGCAAGCGCCUUGAGCUGUCUCUAUGCGCAGCAGUGGACAAUGCGAUCCUCGUUGCCCAGAGCGGCCAUAUCUAUCUAACAACCACUUACAACAAAGUUGACUGUGAGUUCAAUGUGUCAAAUUGA